UGAAGCAAGGUUGUUUUUAUUGGUUCUUCAAUAAAAUCAACACUGAGAUUCCAAAAAAUGUGACUUUUUGUUUCUUCAUGAGAACAUUUAGGCACCAAAGAAGGAAUGGAUGACUUAACUCAUGAAGAAGACUAUGUUGUAAAAGCGAAGAACACUGAAGAUAAUGACGAUUACAAUAGCAUUUUGAGGCCUGCGUUUGCCGUGGAUGGAGAACCUGAUUUCGAUUCUGGACCACCAGAAGAUGGGCUUGAAUAUUUAAGACGAGUCAGGUGGGAGGCUAAGCGAAUUCCAAAAGUAAAAGUAGCCAAGGUAAAUGGAAGCAAGUACAGAGAGAAAGAGCAAAGUGUUUACAUGCCACAAAUUUCUGAAAUCCCCAAAUGCCCAGAGCACCUGCUGCCGGUGAAGGAAUGGGAGGAGUCGUUGCUUUCCGACUUCUCACACAUUCGGCUGGCUUUAUCACAAAAUGGCAGCGAGUCUUUAGAAGAUGUGCUCAUGGAGAUAUUCAAUAAGCGUCUCCACUCAGACAGUGAUGAGUCAUUUGGUGGGUGGUUUCAGAGAUACAAGGAAUGGACUCAGUGA